AUGAUGAACCAAAUCAAUUCAUUCUGUCAAGAAGCUGCUAAAAAAGGCACACAAGAUAAAGAUAGCGGCUCAAUAAUCCGUACUUACAACCAAGGUGGACGUUAUGAAGUUGAUUUUGCAAUUGACUGGCCACCGGGAAUAGAUAUCAAGAAUAAUAUGGAGAACUAUUGUUCUAACAACAUGACAACAAUUAUGGAUUCCUGUGACUUAAAUACUGUCGAGAACCCAUCAAAUUGGAAGACUGGCGGUAUACUUCAAGUAGACCCAGUCACGUACCGGAUUACUCCUCAAAGCAACCAAAUUAACACAACAGGAAAAUGUUGGUUUCACCUCGAAGAAUUCCAGAGCUUUUCCGAACAAAGCAGCGAACACGUUAUUUUCGAAGUGCAGAUACGAAAUAUGACAGAUGGUGGUGGAAACGACAUUCCUGCAGAAGUGGACAGUGCAAAAAAUGUUACAAAGGUCGCCGGGGAUGGAGAUCCUUACAUCUUCAACACCAUGUUACCUUUUCCUCUUAUCAUUACCCCGGAGUUUGAUGGUAGCCCACCUAAUUACAUUCAAUUUGUAUAUGGAAACCAGUCUUGGACUACAAAUGUGAAUUCGGGGAUGCCAUAUUGUAGUGUUGGUGGUUGGGAUAAUCCUGUGAAUCCAUCGGGUGCAAUUUCGAAUCGCAAUAUGGAUUGUUACUUCUAUUGUUAG